CAUCAUCUCGAAGCUAGUGGUGAGCUAGGCUGCACGAGAAGUCGAGAAGAACGAGAGGUGUACGUGUGGUGGUAGGAGAGGGAAUCCAUCCAUGGUGAUGGACGCAGCUAGAGCGGUGGCGAUGCCGUCGCUGUCGCCGGCCACCGUCGCGGCGAGGCCGAGCAGCCGCCGCCUUCACAAGGUCGCCGCCAUGGCCACCCAGAAGCCCACCUCCGGCACAAGAAGGGGGACGACGGUGUACUUCCCGGUGGGGGAGCCGGGGCCGAGGCAGACGACGAGCGGGAAGGCGGCGGCGCCGCCGGUGAAGCUGCUGACGAACGUGGAGAAGCUGCGGCUGCUGACGAAGGCGGAGAAGGCGGGGCUCCUGUCGGCGGCGGAGCGCGCCGGGCUGUCGCUGUCGGCGGUGGAGCGGCUGGGCCUGUUGUCCAAGGCGGAGGAGCUGGAGGUGCUGUCGGCGGCGACCGACCCGGGCACCCCCGGCGCGCUGCUCGGCGUCGCGCUGCUGCUGCUCGCCGCCGGCCCCGCCGUCGUCUACCUCGUCCCGGAGGAGUACCCAUGGGAGGUCGCCGUCCAGGCCGUGGUCGCGCUCGCCUGCGUCGUCGGUGGCUCCACCGCCUUCGCCGCCUCCAGCUUCGUGUCCAAGCUCCAGAGCUCGUCCAGCUGAAGCGAUUACAUGCUCACUGCCUUAGCUUUGAGUGAUUAAUUACCACUUAAUUUGCAAUUAGUGUGUAAUUAAGCAGAGUAUUUAGUGUGUAUAUCAAUUACUGUGCCCCUACCCUACGCCUUGAUUUUGUACGAGAGCAUUGGUGUACCUGCAAAAAUUGUAUAAAACCUAGUAUUAUCUGAUAAUUGUAUCUAAAUGGCUUGGCAAGGUUAAUUUACCUAGCUGAUGUUGAUUAGGAUGUGACGUGCAUACGUAUGAGUAUGUAUAAAACAUGCUAUAUUUAUAAAUUUUUUUCUCUACUUUA